AAGAGUAAGAAUAAGAAACGAGUCAUUUCUGUUAAGAUGAACUUGGGGAAACAUUAAGUGUGAAUUUUCCAGACUGUUUUUAGAGAGAGAAACAUUACGUGUGAAUUUACCAUUGUUUUUACAGAGAGAAACACUAAGUUUUUAGAUUUUAGUUUUUUACAGGUCGGGGGUACUUUCCCAAUAAUUAAUAUGAUAUUUUCCCCAAAAUUUGUCGCCCCUUAGCAGUCUUCAUGGUAUUCUCUGCCAUUGUUGAUUUUGAAGAAUUAUUUGCCACCGUUUUAUAACUUUUUAAUGAUUUCUUUGCAGUUUCCACUACACAACUCAUAAAAAUCCUCUCUCUCUCUCUCUCUCUCUCUUGCUGAAUAAUUUCCUCUCUCUAUAUCUCCCUCUCUCUCUCUUACUGUAUAAUUUCCUCUCUCACUCUCCUUAAAGUAUGCCUUUAUAUGGGCUGCUCCAUUGGUUAUUCCUUGGAUAGAGCCUGGUUUUUCUGUUGGGGCGCCCUUGUUUGUAGGGCCUAGAAAACCCAUAUUGGCAUUUGCGGUACCCUGCAGUUCUAGAGAGAGAAACUGCACCUUGGGUCUAGAGAGAGAGGAAUUGCAUUGUUGGUGUUAGAGCGAGACGCUGCGUCUUGGGCCCUGUGGGUCUGGUCCCUGGUCACAAGAUGCUGCCCUUUCAGAGCUUAGAAGAUGCAGAAAUGGCGAUAGGGCGUCCUCUCUCUCAUGCAGAGGUUUUGUGGUUUAACUACUCUGCAAAAAUGUCUGAUCCACUUCUCUAUUUCCAUAACAUUCUCUUCCUCUUCUUGAUCUUCACUCUGGUUCCUCUCCCUCUAGUUUUACUGGAUCUCAUGGGGUUCAAAGCUCUGGAUAAGUAUAAGCUUCAACCCAAGGUGAGGCUUACCUUUAAUGGCAUUUUGAAAUGUUACAAGGAUGUCGCGUUUAUGUUCUUCACAGUUGUUGGGCCUCUGCAACUUUCUUCCUAUCCUAUUGUGAAGAUGGUGGGAGUCAGGACUGGCUUGCCAUUGCCUUCUAUGUGGGAGAUAUUGGCUCAGCUUGUGGUUUACUUCUUGAUAGAGGAUUAUGGGAAUUAUUGGAUGCACAGGGCUUUACAUGGAAAAUGGGGCUAUGAAAAGAUUCAUAGAGUUCACCAUGAAUUCACAGCUCCAAUUGGAUUUGCUGCUCCUUAUGCUCAUUGGGCUGAGGUCUUGAUACUUGGUAUCCCCUCUUUUGUUGGGCCUGCACUUGUUCCUUGUCACAUGGUCACCCUGUGGUUGUGGAUUGCCUUGCGCCAGAUAGAAGCCAUUGAUACUCAUAGUGGAUAUGAAUUCCCAUGGAGCCUCACGAAGUUCAUUCCUUUCUAUGGAGGUGCAGAGCACCAUGAUUACCAUCAUUUCGUUGGAGGACAAAGCCAGAGCAACUUUGCUUCUGUGUUUACCUACUGUGAUUACAUAUAUGGAACUGACAAGGGUUAUCGGUUCCAGAAGGAGCAUCUCUCAAAGAUGAGGAGGAGAUGGAUUGCUGAAGGAAAUGGAGAAGUCCCUCAAAAAAUGGCCCAGGAUCAGAAGUUACAGUAAACCUCAAAUCCCAACACCCAAAAGUUAGUAUGCUGGGAGUUUUAUUUUUAGUGGUGGGACUUGCUUCUCCUUGUAGCCAUAUACCUCCUCUGAAUCCAUUCCAUUUUCUGCAUGGGUGCGUUGUUUAUCAAGUUUAUUUUGUGGGAGAAAUUUUGUAGCCUGAACUGUAGUGACAUUUUGUGAACUCAGUAGCAGCUCCCCCCUCCACUGUAACAUUAAUAGUUUUGAUCUUUGCAUGCUCAGAUGCUUGUCAAGUAACAAAUCUCAUUCUGGGAA